CAACAGCAACAAAAAAGUGAUUUAAGUGUUUUUUCCUCAUUGCCAAAUUUUAUAAGUCAUUUGCAAAAUUCGACAAGUCCACAAUUGCUCGGUCAAACGCCUGCCGUUUUAACGCCGUCAACAGCUGCUGCCUUAAUGAGUAGUGCUGCUGCGGCUGCCGCGGGUGCCGCUGGACAAGCUCUAUAUGGGGCCUUAUUGAACUCUUCACAACACCAACAACAACAACAAUCCUCAACUUCAAACUCACCUUUAACAAAUAAAAAUUUUACGUGUAAUAACAACAACAACAACAAUUUAAACUCGUUACAUUCGCCCAAUUCGGGUUCGGUAUCCUCGUCGCCCACCGCGUCUCUUUUAACCGGUCAAUUUACGGCCGCUUUGGGAAAUUUGUUUGGGGCCAACGGUUUCGGUUCGGCUAAAAUGUUAAACGAACUAUUUGGUCGUCAAAUGAAGCAGGCCCAGGAUGCUACCAGUGGUUUACCCACCUCUUUGGAUAAUGCCAUGCUGGCCGCUGCCAUGGAGUCGGCCACCAAUGCCGAACUCCUCAGUGCCGCCAAUUUGGUCAACAGUUUGGGUUUGAACAAUUCCAAUAAAUUGCUCAAUAACAAUAACAACAACACCACCAUCAGUAGCAGCAACACCAACAAUCACUCAACAGAUCAGCAAAUCUCGCCUCAAACUCCCACUCCCAAAAAUCGUCGCACUAGUAACUGCAGUGAAAGGUCUUUGGAGGAAAAUGGUUUGGCUUCACGUUCUCAGGAUAUAUUAAACUCACCGCCACGCACACCCUCUGUGGGUAAUGCAUCCACCAAUGGUGUGGUCACCACUAGCUCAGUUGCUCCCACUUCUCCCUCUUUGCAACAGCAACAAAAUGAUUUAGCCCAUCAUAUGCUGCGCAACAUUUUGCAGGGUAAGAAAGAGCUAAUGCAAUUGGAUCAGGAAUUGAGAUCGGUCAUCAGCCAGCAGCAACAAAUGAAGGAGAGCCAGGACUCUACGCUAAAGCACAAUAACAAUAAUUCCUCUUUAGCCAAUAACAAUAAUAACAACAACAAUAACAAUUCCGAAAGCAAAGAAAAUUCUUCAAAUGUCAUUAAUUUGAUUGAGGAUUCCAUGUCGGAAAUUAAAAUCAAAAGUGAACCAUUAACGCAACAAACACCCCUAGAACUUAUGAAUGGUUCGGUGGCUCAAGAAAGACGUAAAUCGUCUGACUCCGAAGGUCUGCAAUCACAACAUGAUCUGGAGGAUCAUCAAUCCGAAGCAGAUCAUUUGGAUAAUACAGAUCAUGAACAAAAUGAUCUAAAUUUGCCUGCUCAAGUUACCAAAAAGGAAGCCGAUGAAAUCUUAGAAGAUGUUGAGCUAAUGGGUUUGAAUUCACGCUCCGAUUUGGAGUCUUUGGCUUCACCCAGCCAAUCCGACAUGAUGUUAUUGGACAAUAGCAAAGACGAUUUGGAAGAGGACAUGGAUAAGGAAUUAAAUCCUGGCCUAAAUAAAAAAUCGGAUCUAAAACGCGCCCGUGUUGAGAAUAUAGUAUCAACCAUGCGUUCCAGUCCUUCCUCCCAGCAACAUUUACAAGUAAAUGGUUGCAAAAAGCGUAAACUAUACCAGCCUCAACAGCAUGCCAUGGAACGUUAUGUGGCUGCUGCCGCUGGUCUAAAUUUUGGUCUCAAUCUACAAAGUAUGAUGCUCACCGACGAUGGCGACUCUGACGAGAAUGAGUCUCCUCAAUUGCAGCAAAAGCGCAAUGAAAAGAAUGCCCUCAAAUCCCAAUUGAGAUCCAUGCAGGAACAAUUGGCUGAAAUGCAACAGAAAUAUGUGCAAUUAUGCUCACGCAUGGAACAGGAAUCUGAGUGUCAAGAAAUCGAAGACAACAAUAGCGACAGCAUGGAACAGGAGGAUAACAAUGGUGAUCUAUCACCAUCACCUUCCCUCAACGAUGUCAAACAAAAUGCUGACAAUGAAAGAGCCUCCUCCACCUCGCCUUCAUUGAAUUUGAAAAAUGGUAAGCAUUUGGCUGCCUCCAAUUCAUCCUUGAAUUUGGAUGCCACACCCAAUAAUGUGUUGUCUCAAAUGAUGAGCAAAAUGAUAACUGGUAAAUUGCACAAUCCUUUAGUACAGCAUGCUCAUAUGCAGCAAUCGUUCAAUGCUCCCCUGCCCUUGUUGCAACAUAUGCCGCAAUUGCAGACGCCAGAAGGUGGUCUACCCCAUCCGGCCAUUAGCAAUGCAGCUGCCAUGUACUUGGGUCAACAGUUCUUCUUCGAACAGGAAGCUAGAAUGGCCAAGGAAGCAGCCGAACAACAGCAACAACAAGCCCAACAGCAACAAUUGCAACAACAACAGGCUCAACAGCAGCAAGAGCAACAGGAGCAACAAAGACGCUUCGAGCAAGAGCAACAACAAAGACGCAAAGAAGAACAGGCCCAACAACAGCAACAACAACAGCAGCAACAGCAACAGUUGCAAAGACAACACCAGCUACAACAACUGCAGCAACAGCAGGAGCAACAAACCAUGCAACAACCUCCCAGACCUCAACUACAUCACAACAGGCAUCAUGGCCGCCACAACACCGCCCUGAAGACUGAACUCUCGGAAAAAUUCAAUAUGUUGCGUUCCAGUUCCAGUUCGAUCAUGCGUAUGUCGGGAGCCGACCUCGAAGGUCUAGCCGAUGUCCUGAAAUCCGAAAUAACCACUUCACUCUCAGCUCUCGUGGAUACCAUUGUCACGCGAUUUGUACACCAAAGACGGCUCUUCAGCAAACAAUCCGACACAGUGGCCGCCGCUGCCGAGCAACUGAACAAGGACCUGCUGUUGGCCUCACAAAUCCUGGAUCGCAAAUCGCCACGCACAAAACAGUCCGACAGAUCGAACAACAACAGCACGAACAGCUCUCAAUCCGCCCAAUCAACCACAGGAGUUAAUGCAGGUAAUAAUGGUACACUACUCCUAGUUAAUAAUAAUAAUAAUAGUAAUAAUAAUACUAAUAGUUCAACGAAUAGUUUAAAUAAUAAUCCAAAUACUAACUCUAAUUCAAAUAUAUCACAACAACAAACGCCACAACAACAACAAUUGGUUGUUACGCCAAAUAUGGCCGCCCAAUUAAAUGCUCAGACUUGUCAAAGUCUCAUAGCUGCACCACGCCUCAACGGCAGUCAACUGUCAUUUCCCUCGCCAGCAGCGGCAGCUGCUGCAGCGAUGGGUUUACAAAUGCAUCAUGCAGCAGCGGCGGCUGCCAUGUCAGCCGCUGCUGCCGCCUCUGGUCAACAGCAAAGCCUGCAGGCCCUCAAUCAGGCACAUCAUGCACAAAAUCUCAAUGACAACAAUAGUGUCAAUGUCAAUGUGAACAUGGCCAAUCUCAGUAGUAACUCUAGUAACAAUAACAAUAGUAACAAUCUGAGUAAUCUGAAUAAUCUGAGUAAUUUGAGUAAUCUGAACAAUCUGAACAAUAUGAAUACGAACAAUAAUAAUAGUAAUAACAAUAAUAACUGUAACAAUACUAACAACAAUAGUUUAAGUACCAUAAAUAUACCACCACCUCAUAUACGACCUUCACCCACAGCGGCAGCAAUGUUUCAGGCACCCAAAACACCACAAGGCAUGAAUCCCGUGGCUGCAGCAGCCCUCUACAAUUCCAUGACAGGAGGCCAAGUAGGACCCAUGCAACCUAAUCCCUUCUGUAUGCCCGAACCCAGGGAUCAGCAACAGCAGCAGCAGCAACAACAGCUUCAGCAACAACAGCAACAACAACAGCAGCAACAACAACAGCAGCAGCAACAGCUGUUGGAGCAAAACGAAGCCUUGAGUCUGGUGGUGACUCCCAAAAAGAAACGUCAUAAGGUCACUGACACACGCAUAACGCCACGUACGGUCAGCAGAAUAUUGGCUCAAGAUGGCAUGGUACCGCCCAGCCCUCAAAACAACGGACAACAAUUGCAAUCGAAUCAAAACAAUGGACCCUGCAAUAAUAACAAUAGUCUCAAUAAUGCAAUGAAUCCCGCCUCGCUUAACAACACCAACAUGAACAACAACACUAAUUGCAAUAAUUCGCUGAAUGCGAAUAAUCUACAGCAGCAGCAACAGCAGCUAUUGAACAAUGGCAACAACAGCAAUAACAAUACGACACCCGCCCAAAGUCCUUCUCCUAGAGGUCAAGCGCCCGCUAACUAUCAUCCACAAGCGCCGCCACCACCACCACCUCCCAUGAUGCCCGUUUCGUUGCCCACCUCGGUCGCCAUACCAAAUCCUUCGCUGCACGAGUCACAAGUCUUCUCACCGUACAGUCCAUUCUUUAAUCCACAUCCACCGCAUGCACCACCACCGCCACCCCAUGGCCCCCACAGUGGUGGUCCCCAUGCCCCGCCCACAGCCGCUCAAAUGCAUCACAUGAAACUCUCAGCCUCGCCACCCGGCAGUCUCGCCAGUCUCAUGGACUCACGCGAUGGCUCACCACCCCUGCCGCCUCAUCCAUCCACCAUGCUACAUCCCGCCCUCUUAGCGGCCGCCCACCACGGUGGCUCACCCGACUACAGUGCCCAUUUGCGCGCCGCCAUGGAUGCUCAAGAUCGCAGUUCCGAUUGCAAUUCGGCCGAUAUGCAAUUCGAUGGUAUGCAACCCACCAUCUCAUUUUUGAAACAACAAAUGAUCAAAAAUAGCGAUUCACUAACCACAUCGCAUUCCUCAACCCUAACGCCGAUGCAUUUGAGAAAGGCCAAAUUGAUGUUCUUCUGGGUGCGUUAUCCCAGCUCGUCGGUGUUGAAAAUGUAUUUUCCCGAUAUUAAAUUCAAUAAAAAUAACACAGCACAAUUGGUGAAAUGGUUCUCGAAUUUCCGAGAAUUUUACUAUAUACAAAUGGAGAAAUAUGCCCGUCAAGCUGUUACCGAAGGUGUUAAAUGUGCCGAAGAUUUGCACAUCAGCGGCGAUAGUGAACUCUAUAGAGUAUUGAAUUUACACUAUAAUCGCAACAAUCAUAUCGAGGUUCCCCAAAAUUUCCGUUUUGUAGUGGAGCAAACAUUACGUGAAUUUUUCCGCGCUAUACAAGGUGGCAAAGACACAGAACAAUCGUGGAAGAAAUCAAUUUACAAAAUUAUAUCGCGUCUCGAUGAUCCAGUACCAGAAUAUUUUAAAUCUCCAAAUUUUUUGGAACAAUUGGAGUAGAAAACCAAACAAAUUUAUUAUCAUACAACACAAAUAACAACAAUAACAACAAC